UUCAGUUCUGGACUGUGAGGAAAGAGGAACUUACUCUGACUGGUCACCUGAGCGGAGAGUUGAACUGGAACUGCAGGGUGGGGAUGGAUGAGGCAGAGAAGUAUCAGCAGAGGCUACAGGCCAUCGCAGAGAAGAGGAGAGCACAGGAGGAGGAGGACAGAGUGAGAAGAGAGACAGAAGAAGAGUGGCUGAAGAUUGCACAGCGCAAGAGGAAGUCUCUGAGAGACCAGUGGCUAAUGGAGCCAAUGGCCAGCAGUGCCGAGGCUUCUGGGACUGGGACCACACCAUUCCUCUCAACUCAGACUACAGAGGAGAUCUCAACAGAUGCACCUGAAGAGAUACAGGAUGAAGGUGAUAAAACAGCAGACAAGAAUGAUGAGAACGAAGCUUCCAGUCUUUCAGACUCAAACACAGAGAAACCCACACAGGUAAACGCUGCAGAUGAGGAUGAGAAAGAAAGUGGCGAAACAGUCAACACUGAAGUCAUUCUACAGAAUGGACAGCGGGAAAGAUCAGUGCUUGAAGUGAUGGAGAUCCAGGUAGAGAGAGACCCCAAAACUGGUGCCACCAACAUUAAAUCCAUGGCUCCAGUAGCAGAACCAGUACCAGCAGCAGCAGCAGCAGCACUGGACGCUACUGGAGAAGCUGUGUUUGAUGAUGGAAGGGGGACGGUACAGCCUGUGGGAGCCACUGAUGUCAUUGGACAGUUGGACAUGCAGACUGGACCGGAUGGUGAUGUGAGAAUCGUCUGUGAUAAAGAACUUGGAGCUCCAGAGGUUGAAACUGGAGAUCCAGAGGUUGAAACCGGAGAUCCAGAGGUUGAAACCGGAGAUCCAGAGGUUGAAACCGGAGAUCCAGAGGUUGAAACUGGAGAUCCAGAGGUUGAAACCGGAGAUCCAGAGGUUGAAACUGGAGAUCCAGAGGUUGUUGAACAUUCUACAGAAGAUCUACAGAAGACCACUGACUCAACACACAAUUCAAUACAGCAAGUCAAGACACCAGAGAAGGAAGAUGAACCAGAGGAAGUUCAAAGGAAUGACAUGGAUGUUAGUGAGGCUAAAGUGCAGCAGAAGGAGGAGGGUGAUGAAGAAUGGGAGAUGGUGAACUGUAGGCCAGAAGAAGGCCUGGACCCUGUGGUGCUGAGCUUUUUAGGCUUCACCCAAGUUCAGGCUGAAGAUCAAGGAGCCGUUCUGAAGGUGGAACAGGUGCUUAUUGGUGGAGAAGAAGUUCCAGAGAUGAGUCUGUCUGAGAAUCUGAGCCCUAUUAUGGUUGAAAACGUCAAACCUGGUAACGAAGAGUCUCUGAAAAGCACAAGAAAUGAAGAGUCACAGCUUAACACAGUUGAGUCCAGUGAGUCUUGCCCAGAAGAAAGCUUUCCUGAGGAAACAUCACAGGACGUUAUGUUGGAGACAGGAGGAGAAGGUGAAUCCGUGGGACUGCAUGACCUGGACAACAUCUCAGAUAUUAUGGAUUCUGAAGAUGUUUCAACAGAGGACCCAACAGAAGCCCAACAAUCUCUACCACACGUUUCCAACGACACACCAGACGUUCCGGAAGCUACAGAAGAAGUCCCUGAAGAUUCAGCAGGAUCUGCCACCACAAACAUAGAGGAACAGGACAGACAUCCAGCCAGAACUGAGACUGAGACACAGUCUGAGACACAAAGAGUGGAGGAGUUUCCACACGUGGAAAUUAUAAAGCACGGCUCAAACCCUGAAGACGAGAUCUUUGAAGACGUUCCGUUAGAUGGAAACAAAGAAACACCUCAGACUUUAAAACAGAGAGCAGCAGCAGCAGCGGCACACAGCUUCCAGCAGGAACCGGAGAUACAGGCUCUGGUUUCUCCAGAUGUAUCGUCGAACAGAACGAGAGGAGGCGGAGAAAUGACCAAACACAAGACCUGCCAGUGUUGCUCCGUCAUGUGAGCGACCAGACACUCCUGCAUUUCUCUGCCGUUGGACAAAAACCUUCACUGAAAAAAAUUAUAAGUAUGAGUAAAAUUUACUUUAAAAAAGUUUCGCAACUUUCUGCAUUUGCUUUUUUUUAAGUAAAUUUAAUUUCAGAUAAAUUUAAGUAACUUCAACUCAGUUUCAAGACUUAAAUGUUACAUAGAGUAAAUAAGUGAACUGAGCUUCAGUCAAUCCUUUCUUUUAGUAAACUUUAUUAAUUUCUGCAUACAAUAUUACCUAAUUACAAUUACUUCAUUUUUGCAAUAUUACUCAAAUAAUUUAUUAUAAAUAAUAUAUUAUAAUUCCUAAAAUGUAAAUAUUUUUAGUUAAAACACACAGAUUACACUGUCUCAACACAUGGAUGGCAUGUAAUACA